AUGGGAAAUCACCCUAAGCACAUCACGGAGUGGAUAAGGAAGCAUUUGUUCCCUUAUAUUGAGGCAGGCAAACAGCCAGACAUUCGACCAGCGCGGGCAAACGACACACUCGAUGACCCGGAGAAGUGGAGCGCCAGCUAUUUGGAGUCUGGACGGUUCCUCGGCGCGGAUGAUGGACGAGUCUGGGCACUUACAAUAACAAAGGACGCAUGGGACAGCUUGCUGAAAACAUGCGUGGUUUCAGAAGUUGAUGUAAGCCCAAUGCCUUCUUUUGGUUCUAUUAUCAUGCCUCAAGCUACUACUGACGAAGUCCCUCAGGCGAUUCGUGAGCCGAUUUCUGCAGCCUCUACUUUGGGACUCGGUCCGGUUGUAGUGAUCAGCAACUCGGAGCUUGCUUCCAGAUCGCAUGGACUCCAUGUUUCUUUUGGGGCUGUCCUCUGUCGUGAUCUUGAGAGCGUUGAGAUUUACAGGGGUGCGACUGUGCUAUGCCUCCGCGAGUUGGACUGUCCGGCCUCCAGGACCAUGACGGAGGCGAGAUUCAAAGUCCUUGACACUGGUGUGGAGACUCUAAGCCGCAAUGGGGAGCUUAAAUUGCUGGACUACGACAUCGGCCAGGGGAACAAGGAGGAUUUGAGCAUGCGGGUUACGGCAUCAUCCCGUGAUGCGGUCGUCUACCCUCCUUCAACAGCAAACUCAUUUCCACAAGGUGUCCAUAUUUGGAUUGGUCGCGAUACAGCAUCCGGCGACAAGCUAAUUGGUCUUUCUGCUACCAACAGCCCCUCAUUCACUGUUGACAAACAUCAAAUCUUGCAUCGCCGGUGCAGUUCGACAACAAUUGACGCGGAUUCUGGCGCCACUCAGCUCCACAGCAUUAAGGAUCUUUGGCUGCUAGACUUUAUCAAUAACCACUUGGUAGCAAGCGCAUCGUCUAAAACCUAUAAUAGAGGUAUUCUACGGAGUAGUAUAAACUAG